UGAUGAUCAACGUUUCCCACGAUAGCGCCCAGUUUCAUCCAUGAUGGGAUAUAGGGGCUAUCCAUAAUUAUGCUCUUAAAGGUCUGAAUAUCUCUUUUUACUUUGUCUCAUGUCGCAGCAUGACCCUGUCCCAGCCACUCGAAACCUAUUACGAGUCUUUCAUCCGAAUGUUCUUACUACCGUGAUGCGUCUUGUGUCGUGGUCUUGAGAGGGCUUGGUGAUACGGGGCGGAUGAUGUUCGCAUCGUCCGAAGAUAGAAAGCUGCAAGAAUGAAUAUUACGGACCAUCAUAGUCCACGCUCAUCUAUGUCGUAACUCAUGAUACGAUAUCCCACAUGAGCGAGGCUCCUAGAGCUCCUACAAACCGGUAUUAAUGUUAUUUAUUUGCGGUCUAGCUCCUACUAGAUUCGAGCAACGGUGAUCCCCGCCGGCCGAAAGCUGAUUUCAUUCGUCACAUCUUCGUUGGGAAGUUGGACGACGUCACUCCACGUCGAUUUCAUUCUCGUUCUUGUACCUAAAACCUACAUCUUGCAUGUGCAAGUGAUCUCUCCUUACGAGCUAUUUCCCAGAUGCUUACAUCUACGGAAAUCAUCUCACUUGUCAAUUCUGGUAUAAUCGUUGAUACUAUCGCACUACCGCGUAAUGCUACGGUAUCUACCUCUUUAUUUCUCUUACCUACUUAAGCUAUCAAUAAUAACCUAAUCAACAUAAUAAAUUUUGAUGUACCUAACUCGACCACUCUUCCGAGCUUUGAGAAGUCAUCGUGUCAAUAGUGUCACAUUUCAUACCACGUCCAAGAUGUCGGCGACUUCCAAAUCCAAGUUCUCGCAUCUGCCACUAAGCACCAGUGGUCCAAUAGAAUGUGCAGUAUCUGGGACUGUCUUGCUGAACACCCCUUAUUUCAACCGUGGCUCAGCACAUUCAGCUGAAGAAAGGCGCGAGUUUAAUCUCACUGGUCUGCUACCUACCAGUAUCCAGACCCUAGAACAGCAAGUGGAGCGUGCAUACCAGCAGUACAUUUCGAGACAAGAUGACUUAGCCAAGAACACCUUCUUGACGUCGCUGAAGGAGCAGAAUUUGGUCUUAUACUUCAAGCUUUUGCAAGACCACCUGAAGGAAGUAUUUAGUGUUGUUUACACACCAACGGAAGGUGAUGCGAUUCAGAACUUCUCUCGGCUAUUCCGACGACCUGAAGGAUGUUUCCUUAACAUCAAUGAUAUCGGCAGAGUUCCGCAUGAUCUAGCCCAAUGGGGAAAGCCUGAGGAUAUAGACUACAUUGUCGUAUCAGACGGUGAAGAGAUCCUUGGUAUAGGAGAUCAAGGCGCAGGCGGAAUCCUAAUUUCAGUCGCAAAGCUCGUACUGACUACACUAUGCGCUGGAAUUCACCCUAACAGAACUCUGCCCGUCGUACUUGAUUGUGGAACGGACAAUGAGAAUCUACUCAACGAUGAUCUGUAUCUCGGCCUACGCCAGAAACGAGAGAGGGGGGAGAAGUACGACAAACUUGUCGACACCUUCGUUCAGUCUGCCCGAAAACUCUUUCCUCGUGCCUAUAUUCACUUUGAAGAUUUCGGGUUGGCGAAUGCACGCCGUAUAUUGGAUCACUAUAGACCGGAAAUCCCAUGCUUCAACGAUGAUGUCCAAGGCACUGGCUGCGUGUCUUUGGCGGCUAUCAUGGCCGGACUACACGUAACCAAGCAGAAGCUGCGGGACACCAAGAUAGUCAUCUUCGGCGCCGGCACCGCUGGUGUCGGUAUUGCCGACCAGGUACGUGACGCGAUUGCCGCCGAGAAGGGUAUCAGCAAGGAAGAAGCGGCAAAACAACUCUGGUUAAUCGACAAGCCUGGCCUCCUAACCACCCAAACUCAACUUGACCAUGGCCAACGUACCUACGCCAAAGAUGCGUCAGAAUGGGACAACAAAGAGCGCUCUCUCCUCUCCGUCAUCAAAGAAAUCCACCCGAACGUGUUAAUCGGGACCUCCACCGUCCCCAAAGCCUUCACCGAAGCCAUCGUGAAGGAAAUGGCAGCCGGCACCCCGCGCCCCGUCAUCCUACCCCUCUCAAACCCAACCCGUCUGCACGAAGCCGUACCAUCCGACAUCCUAAAGUGGACCGAGGGCCGCGCUCUCGUAGCCACGGGCUCCCCCUUCGACCCCGUAAAAGGGCCCUGGGGCAAGGACGGCGAGGACGUAGAGAUCGAGGUCGCGGAGUGCAACAACUCGGUCGUCUUCCCCGGCAUCGGGCUCGGCGCCGUGCUCUGCCGCGCCAACAGGGUGACGGAUAAGAUGCUGGUGGCCGCGGUCCGCGGCGUCGCGGCCCUGAGCCCCGCGCUGAAAGACGACACGGCGCCCCUGCUCCCCGGCGUCGAGGACGUGCGAGCCGUUAGCGUGCGCGUCGCGCGCGAGGUCAUACUGGCUGCGGUGGCAGAGGGCGUCGCGACGGAGGAGGGUAUCCCGACUGCGGUCGAGGGCGAGGAGGGUUUGGAUGAGUGGAUUCGCGAGCAGAUGUGGGAUCCGGUGUAUCGGCCCUUGAAGCGCGUUGAGCCGGAGGGCGCGAGUCGGGCCGCGAAGGCGGAGUUGAAGGUUGUGGGGAGUUUGGAGCUUGAGGGUCUGGAUGGGAAUGGGGAUGGGGAUGGCGGGAAGAAGUAGUGCUCUUGCUGCGUGUUGAUGUGAUCAUAAACACAGGCGUUUCUUCGUUCCUUACCUUAGCAUAGAACGACCUUCAUCUUCCGUGGGUACGGUGAGUGUGGGUGGAUAUGAGGAGGACCUGGUACUAGACCUAGACAGUUGUCUUGAACGGUACAGUCGGUAGAUUACCUACCUAGUAGCUAUUCUAUACAUGUGCAUUUUAAAAUAAAU